CAGACGUUCCUUGAGAAGUACGGCUACUUCGCCGAGCUGGCUGCUAGCGGCCCCAGGUCUGCACGGUUCAAGGAGGCAGUGAGGGAGUUCCAGUGGGUGACCCACCUGCCACUCAGCGGGGUGCUGGAUGCUUCCACGGCCCGCCAGAUGAGCCUGCCGCGGUGCGGCGUGAGCGACGCAGACAGCCACACCGCCUGGGCUGAGCGGGUGCGGGCCCUGCUCUCCGGCCGGCGAGCCAAGGCGAGGCGCGGGAAGCGCUAUGCACAGCAAGGUGGAAAGUGGUACAAGCGGCACCUGACCUACCGGAUCGUGAACUGGCCCUGGUACCUGCCCCGGCACCAGGUGCGGCUGGCGGUGAAGGCAGCUUUCGAGCUCUGGAGCAACGUCUCUGCCCUGCUGUUUGGGGAGGUGCUGGACGGCCCUGCCGACAUCCGCCUGGCGUUCUUCCACGGCGACCACAAUGAUGGACUCAGCAAUGCCUUCGACGGGCCAGGGGGCGCCCUGGCGCACGCGUUCUUCCCCCGCCGGGGGGAGGCCCACUUCGACAGCGACGAGCGGUGGUCCCUGCACAGUGGCAAAGGUCGCAACCUCUUUGUGGUGGUAGCGCACGAGAUCGGGCACACGCUGGGGCUGGAGCACUCGCCCGUCAGCAACGCCCUGAUGUCUCCCUAUUAUAAGAAGCUGGGCAAGGACUUUGUGCUGAGCUGGGAUGACAUCCUCGCUGUCCAGAACCUGUACGGGAAGCCUUCCAGGGGCUCGGCUGUGCGGCUCCCCGGGAAGUUAUUUGCCCAUUUCCAGGGCUGGAGCCCGGAUUUUCCAGGCACCGAUCCGCUGCAGGGGACGCUGGGCUCUUACUACUGCCAGUCCUUCUUCGACGCCAUCGCCAUUGAUGCAGAUCACAAGCUCUACAUCUUCAAAGGCCACCACUACUGGCCUCUCGGGGUGUGGGGGCGGAGGGGCGCCACCCCCCCGGAGCCGCAGCUGCUGCAGAGCCGAUGGGCCGAGCUCCCUGCUGGCAUCGACGCGGCUGCAGUGUCGGAGGCAGACGGCAAAUUCUACUUCUUCAAAGGCGGCCGAUGCUGGCGAUACAACGGGUCCUCCCUGGAGGAGGGAUUCCCCCAGAAGUGCAGCACCAGCAACCUCCCUCGCCACCCUGACGCGGCCCUCUACUUCCAGCAGCUCCGCCACCUGGUGCUCUUCAAGGGCCCCAAGUACUACGUGGUGCGCGAGGAGGCGCUGCAGGUGGAGCCCUACUACCCCAGGAGCCUGAGGGACUGGCACGGGGUCCCGGCCGGGGUGAACGGUGCCCUGACGCAGCAGGACGGCUUCGUGUACUUCUUCCGGGACGACCAGUAUUGGAAGUUUGACCAGGCCAAGCUGCAGGUGGUGGCGACUGGGAAAUGGGCCGCCCAGCUGCCGUGGAUUGGCUGCUGGGGCAGGAAUUCCAGUCAGACUUCUUUCUGAUCUCCCCCAGGAUGGACAUAACCACGGGCCAUGCCGUGCCUUCCCCCUCCCCCCACCGCUGCCACGGGGACGGACAAGGGCGCAGUCCGGCCCUGACCAUGGCAUCGAAAAGAUGGGGUCUGCUCCUCAUCUCCUGCCCUGCUCUUUAGGGGGAGGGGUUUUAUUCCGAUACACGGUUUGCUCCCCACAUCAGUCCUUUGCCCACGUACCUCUUGUCUGUGACCUACUGGAACGCCCGUCCCUGGGUCCAUGCUAAUGACUGCUGCGAGCAAGCAGGGAUAACCCCAGUCUUGAGGUAAACAGCGGGCAGAGCUCUCCGGCCUGGUGCCCGCAUAAACGGGCUGACGUGGGCACCUCCCUGAGGAGAAUGCUCUGGGGAAACCAGCUUUCUAAUUCAAUUCCAUCUCCACUUGCAAUCUGUCAAGGCUGGCUAAUCCCAGAACUACCACCCCCAUGUGACAAGGUUGAGAUGGCUGGGAUUUUAAAAAUAUUUGGAGGGUGUUUUUUUGGUCCAAAAAUGCUAAUAUUGCCCCCCCACAAAAAUAAAAACUUUUAGGAGGGAAAGACACACCCUGCAAAAUCCAACCCUGUUGAUUUUUUCUAUGGAUUUUUGGCGUGUGUUUUGGUCAUGUUGUUUUUAAUGGUAUUGUUACUGGGUAUUUUUUUGUAUCAAAACUGACAUUGACAUUUUUUUAGCAAAAUCUGGGUUAUUCACCAGACCAUUUACUGGAAAGAAAGGAGAGAUGGAAAAUUUAACAUUAUCCGUUAAAACAAGCAAACCAAGGAGAAAAGGGCCCAUGCGGGGCUUGUGGAACGUAAUUGCCAAAUGAUUGGUGAAUUCAGAUUUAUUUCAAAAAUUUUCCAGGAGCUCUGAACUUGCUGUGUUCAUUGGGUGUCAAGUGAGAUCAGUUCUAAUCAUCCCCUGGGCCAGAUCCCGAGCUUAGUGUAGGCAAAAUGUAGCUGAGGGACGCUGAAGACGUUGUACAUUACAGCGGGUUAGACUGGCCUCUGUUUGCAGGCAGCUACAUCCCACUGAUACAUCAGCCCAGAUGUGUGGACUAAGGGGAGGGUCAAGGGAAGGAAGCAGAGACCCCCACUGAUGGGGGAGGGGCUUGAUGUGGACUGUAGAGCCAUGAGAGUAUCCUGUACUGUAAGCAGAAAACACUGUACACGCCUAUUAAAACCCUGUGAAAUGGC